AUGGGCCCUUGGAUAAGAAACGGCACCUUAAGCUUUGAGUUUAUUAUCUUGGGUUUUGGGGACCUGGCAGAGCUACAGAUCUUCUUUUUUGGACUCUUUCUAGUCAUGCAUCUCAUCACUCUAGCGGGGCACACGACGAUUGUGCUCAUCACCCUCAUUGACAGCUGCCUCCAGACUCCCAUGUAUUUCUUCCUCCGGAACCUGUCCAUCAUUGAAAUUUGUUACAUAUUAGUCAUUGUCCCCAACAUGUUGGCUAAUUUUCUGUCCAGGAACCAGAAGAUGCCGUUUGUGGGCUGUGCCCUGCAAAUGCAUCUCUUCAUUGCCUUGGGUGGGGCAGAGUGUUUCCUCCUAACUGCAAUGGCCUACGACCGCUUCGUGGCCAUCUGCAACCCUCUGCGCUACACCCUCCUCAUCACCAGGAUCUUCUGCCUGCAGAUGUUGGGUGUGGCCUGUGUCAGUGGCUUUGCAUUGUCCCUCACCCUCACCACACUGAUAUUCCUCUUGCCCUUUUGUCAGUCCCAUGUGAUAAACCACUUCUUCUGUGACAUCCCUGCUGUGCUGUAUUUGGCCUGCUCAGACACGCGGGCCAAUGAGAUUGCCGUUUUCCUUGUUUGCAUGCUCAUCCUGUUGAUUCCCUUUUUGCUGAUCCUCUUUUCCUAUGGAUUCAUUAUCACUGCUAUCCUCAAAAUCCGCUCUGCAGAGGGCAGGAGCAAGGCCUUUUCCACCUGUGCUGGCCAUCUUCUUGUCUCUGUUCUGCAUUAUGGCUGUGCAAUAUUCAUUUACAUACGCCCCAAGUCCUGCUACACCCCAGAACAGGAUAAAAUUGUGUCCUUAAUCUACACCAACGUAACUCCUAUGCUCUACCCUAUGAUCUACAGUCUGAGAAACAAGGAAGUCAAGGGUGCCCUCAGGAGACUCUUGGCAAGCCACAACCAAUGA